CAAAUAAAAUGAUAUUUUCUUGGACUAUUUUGGGAUGCUUAUUUGGAGUAUACUGCAUUACAUCCUUAAUCCUCUUCAUUUUCCCAUGCUACAAAAAGAAGAAUCCAAUUAAGAUCGACUUGAAAGGCAAUGUUUGUAUUCUUGGCGGUCACAGAGGCGGUGCCUGGGAAAGAUUAGAGAGCACGAUCCCUGCUUUCAAACAUGCGAAAGAGAGUAACAUGCAAGAAUAUUCUUGAGAUGGAUAUCCAGUUUACAAAAGACAAGAAGAUAGUUGUCCAUCAUGACGAUACUUUGGAGAGACUCACUGGCCAGAAGGAGAAGGUUGAGCAACUGAACUAUGACCAGAUCCAUAAGUGCAAGGAGGUUGUAGAGUAUCCUAAUAAAGAUGGAUUUUAUCAUCAAAAGCCAGGAAUUGACGACGGUACAAUUCCUGUUCUGGAAGAGGUCUUUAAGGAACUCCCUGGAUGUAUAAUGAACAUUGAGUUGAAGGUUGACAGUCGUGAAAUGCUCUACAAAUUGCUGGACCUGAUUGUAGAAUACAAAAGAGAGCAUAUCACUUAUAUUGGGACUAAUAUCGAAGAGCUAAAUAAUAUUGCUUAUGAAUUGACUGAGGACACUGGGAUCAGAACUUUUGCAGGCACUUGGUACAUUAUUAGGACUGCUCUUCUUUAUUUCCUUGGGCUCCUUCCUUUCUUUGACUUCAAAUACUAUUCUGUAUGGUUUCCUUUCUAUGAAAUUGGGGCAGCAACAUUAAUGUCAGCCGAACAUCACCAUACUUGGUAUUUCCAAUUAGUUGAGGUUCUUGUUAGCAUAAUUCUCGUACCAAUGAGACCAAUGUUUUGGCAUUUAAGAAGAAGAGGAAUUCAGAUAAUCCUUUUUGUGAUUAAUUAUGGAGAACUAGCAGACAGAGCCUUGAAAUAUCCUAUGGAUGGCUUCAUCACAGAGAUACCUCAAGGAAUGCAAGAUUAUUUAUCAAAAUAAUUUGAGAGCUUUAUUUUCAAAUUUGCUAGGUUUUG